GGCACAGCACACGCCGUUCCUGUGGGAGCCCAGUCCGCAGCCUGCGCUGGGUACAGCUUGCAUGCCGGUGAACGUAGGGCCGGAGAAGUCAGUAAUGUCGAGCCAAGCCAGCCAGGCCUGAUGGUGUCCGAUUUCUUUGCCGGGAACACCGCAUGUUUUCCCAGGAGUGGGUUGGGAGGAAAAGCAACUGUGGCUGGUGUGCGUGUUGCUGCUGGUGUUUAUGUGUGAAAAAUGUCCCCAGAGGCUUCAAGACAAAAAGGAGUAUGGCGACAAACCAGAGCUCUUUUAUACAAGAACUGCCUAGUAAAAUGGAGAACUAAAAAAAGUAGCAUCCAGGAAAUCUUGCUUCCACUGUUCUUUUUAUUUUGGCUAAUAUUGAUGAGCAUGAUGUAUCCAAACAAGAAAUAUGAUGAGGUGCCUGAUUCUGACCCUUAUUUUGUGGACCACUCCAGCAUUUCUGAAUUUAUUGUUGGAUACACACCAGCUAAUGACGUGACAAGAAAAAUCAUGCAUAAAAUGUCUGCAGAAUAUUUUACAGAAGGGAUCCUUACAGAAGAAUUUUUAACUGAGCAGGAAAUGCAAGAAGCUAGUCUUCGUAGCCCCCGGAACUUUGUGGGUGUAAUUUUUAUGGAUUCUAUGUCCUAUCAGCUUAGAUUUCCUCCCGAAAAAGUUCCAGUAUCUGCAAUUCAUAUAGAAUCAAGAGCCAGUUGUCCAAGACCUUCCAAGAUAUGUGAAGCUGAAAAAUACUGGCGUUAUGGAUUCACAGCUCUGCAGAUGUGCAUUGAUGCAGCAAUAAUACAGUUAAAGACCAAUCAUUCCGUUUUGGAAGUGCUGGAAGAAACAAAAGCUAUCAUGAUGGGAGAGUCUGCUGUGAUGGAAAUAGACAAUUUUCCUCGUGCAAUUAUUUUAAUUUACCUAGUAAUUGCCUUUUCACCAUUUGGUUGUUAUUUGGCAAUCCACAUUGUGGCAGAAAAGGAGAAGAAACUGAAGGAAUUUUUAAUGAUCAUGGGUCUUCAUGACACUGCUUUUUGGCUUUCUUGGGUCCUACUGUAUACCAGUCUGAUAUUUGUCAUGUCCCUUCUCAUGUCGAUCAUUGCAACAUUCUCUUGGCUGUUUCCCAAAAGUAGCAGCUUUGUGAUAUUUCUUCUUUUUUUCCUAUAUGGAAUAUCCUCCGUUUUAUUUGCAUUUAUGUUGACUCCACUUUUCAAAAGAUCAAAACAUGUUGGUACAGUCGAAUUUCUGUCAACCUUGGCUUUCGGUUUUGUGGGCCUGACAAUUGUCCUGCUGGAGGAUUUUCCAAAGUCCUUUGUGUGGUUCCUGAGCCCUCUAUGUCAGUGCACAUUUUUGGUUGGUGUUGCACAGGUUAUGCACCUAGAAGAUUACGAAGAAGGAACGUCUUUCUCAAACUUAACCCAUGGUCCUUAUCCAUUAGUUAUUUCCCUCUUGCUACUGGCCCUUGACAGUAUGCUGUAUCUGCUCCUGGCAGUAUAUCUAGAUCAAGUUGUUCCAGGAGAAUAUGGUUUGCGGCGAAGUUUUUUCUUCUUUCUGAAGCCGUCAUUUUGGUCCAAGCGAACAAGAAAUUAUAAGGAACUGUAUGAGAGCAAUAUUAAUGGGAACUUAGAUUUCAAUGAAAUCGUUGAACCAGUGUCUUCUGAAUUUCAGGGAAAGGAAGCUAUCAGAAUCAACUGUGUCCAGAAAUCUUUUGUUAAAAAAGGUGAAACUGUGGAGGCUCUGAAAAGUUUAACAUUUGACAUAUAUGAGGGUCAGAUCACAGCAUUACUUGGACACAGUGGAACAGGGAAAACAACAUUAAUGAACAUUCUUUGUGGAUUGUGCCCCCCUUCUGAUGGAUUUGCAUCAAUAUAUGGAUAUAAAGUUUCUGAAAUUGAUGAAAUGCUAGAUGCAAGAAAGAUAACUGGAGUUUGUCAGCAGUUAGACAUCUAUUUUGAUGUGUUAACAGUGGAAGAAAACUUAUCCAUAGUUGCCUCAAUUAAAGGCAUACCUCCCAAUGAUAUGAUACAAGAGGUCCAGAAAGUAUUACUAGAUUUGGAUAUGCAGCCAAUUAAAGAUAACCAAGCAAAAAAACUAAGUGGAGGACAGAAAAGAAAACUGUCUAUUGGAAUUGCAAUUCUUGGAGAUCCAAAGGUCUUACUGUUAGAUGAACCCACUGCUGGAAUGGAUCCAUGUUCUCGACAUACAGUUUGGAACCUCCUGAAAAACAGAAAGGCCAACCGAGUGACCGUUUUCAGUACCCAUUUCAUGGAUGAAGCUGACAUCAUUGCAGAUCGGAAAGCUGUGAUUUCCCAGGGAAUGCUGAAAUGUCUUGGCUCUUCUCUCUUCCUUAAGACAAAAUGGGGAAUUGGCUACCGCUUGAGUAUGCACAUAGACAGAUACUGUAACACAGAAGGUACAGCAUCUUUGAUCAGACAGCAUAUUCCAGAAGCCAGUUUAUUAAAGCAGAAUGAAGAGCAACUUGUGUAUGCAUUGCCAUUCAAAGACAUGGACAAGUUUUCAGCACUGUUCGCUGAUCUAGACAUCCAUUCCCAUUUGGGUGUUAUUUCUUAUGGCGUUUCUAUGACAACCUUGGAGGAUGUGUUCCUCAAGCUUGAAGCUGAAGCUGAAAUUGACCAAGCAGAUUUCAGUGUAUUCAGCCCAGAGGAAACUGAAGAGGAAACUGAAACUAAAUCUGUUGAUGAGUUGGAACAAAGUUUAUUAAUGCUAUCUAAGACAAGAACUUCUGUACUAAGCAAUAAGUCUCUUUGGAAAAAGCAGGUCUUUACUACAGCAAAGGUUCAUUUCCUUAACUUAAAACGUGAAAUUAAAUCAGUGACAGUAGUGUUUUUGCUAUUCACAGUAUUUCUCCUUAUGCAGACUUUUAUGUUUAUAAUACAUAAUUACUUCAAAAAUGCUGUGGUCCCUAUCAAGCUCUCCCCAGAUUUAUAUUUUCUUAAGCCCAAUGAAACUCAUCACAAGUACAAGACAAGUCUUCUCAUUCAAAACACCACAGACUCAAGCAUUGAUGAUGUAAUCAGCUCUCUGAGGAACCAGAAUAUACUGACAGAAACAGUCAAUGGCAGUGAUUAUGGAUCAACCAACUUCCACAAUUCAGCACUUAAUGGCAGUGGUUAUAUGUCAUUUGCCCCCCAUAGUGCAGCAUUAAAUGUGUUUUAUGUUGAUAAGAGCUAUGUCUUUACAGCUGCUUUUAACCGUACCAUGGUGCAUUCUUUGCCUGUUAUGAUGAAUAUUAUUAGUAACUUGUAUCUGCACAGUUUAAAUUCAACUGAAAGGAUCCAUAUCUGGAGUAAUCCUUUCUUUCAAGAGAUUACAGAUACAGUUUUCACCCUAGUGUUGUACUUCGAAGCUCUGUUACUAGGAGUCAUUGUAACGGGGAUGCCACCAUAUUUUGCCAUGGAGAAUGCAGAGAAUCAUAAGAUCAAAGCCUACACUCAACUAAAAAUUUCAGGUCUUUAUCCUUCUGCUUACUGGUGUGGCCAGGCACUGAUUGACAUUCCUCUAUUUUACAUUAUUCUCCUUAUUAUGAUAGGAAGCUUAUUUAUAUUUCACCGUGGUGUUUAUCUUUUUCCUGAGAAGUUUCUCACUGUGGUUUUUUGCCUUAUUGGCUAUGUGCCAUCAGUGGUUCUGUUCAGUUAUGUGGUCUCUUUCACCUUUAACGCUAUACAAAACACAAAAGAAUUUUGGUCCUUUGUGUUUUCAGUGGCAGCCUUGGUCUGUUCAAUUGUCGUUGAAAUAGCUUUCUUUAUGUGGUACUAUACAGCAGCUGCCGUUCUUCAUACUUGUUUCUCUGUCUUUGUUCCAAUCUAUCCUCUUAUUGGCUGUCUAAUUUCUUUUAUAAAGAUAGCCCGAAAACUGGAUCGCAAGAUGGAAAGAAAUUCAGAAAGAUUGCUAGUUUCAGUAAUAGCGCCUUAUUUGCAAUGUGUGAUUUGGCUCUUCCUUCUGCGCUACCUUGAAAUGAAGUGCGGAGGCAAAUCAAUGAGACAGGACCCAUUUUUCAGAACUCCUCUGAAAGUCAAGCCCUGGAAAUUUCCAGAUGUGCCACAUGAUGAAGAUGAAGAUGAAGAUGUUUUGACUGAGAGGUUGAGAGUUAAAGAGAUGACAACCUGCCAGAGUUGUGAGGAGAAACCAGCAAUUUUAAUUAGCAGUUUGCAUAAAGAAUAUGCUGAGAAGAAGGAUUUUCUUCUUGGAAGGAAAAUUAAGAAAGUGGCAACUAACCAUGUCUCCCUUUGUGUAAAAAAAGGGGAAAUAUUAGGGGUCCUUGGUCCCAAUGGAGCUGGGAAGAGCACAUUGAUUAAUAUUCUGGUAGGAGAAGUAGAGCCAACUUCAGGCCAGGUGCUGUUGGGAGAUUAUUCCUUAGGUGAGAAUAACGAGGAUGAUUCCAUGAGAUUUGUGGGAUAUUGUCCACAGAUAAAUCCACUUUGGCCUGAUGUCACAUUGCAGGAACAUUUUGAAAUUUAUGGUGCUAUCAAAGGAAUGAGUGAAAAUGACAUGAAAGAAGUCGUAAAAUGCAUUUCCAGUGCACUUGAUUUUAAGGAACAUUUACAGAAAAGAACAAAGAAACUUGGGUCAGGCAUCAAGCGAAAGUUAUGUUUUGCCUUAUGUAUGCUUGGUAACCCUCAUAUAACUCUACUGGAUGAACCAUCUACUGGUAUGGACCCUAAAGGAAAACAGCAUAUGUGGAAAGCAAUUCGAGCAGCCUUUAAAAGUAAACAGCGAGCAGCUAUUCUAACAACUCAUUAUAUGGAAGAAGCAGAGGCUGUGUGUGAUCGGGUAGCGAUAUUGGUGUCUGGAAAAUUAAGGUGUAUUGGGACAGUUCAACACCUCAAGAGUAAAUUUGGCAAAGGAUAUUUCUUAGAAAUGAAACUAAAACAUGUGCCUGAUUUACAGAAGAAGGAGCAUCUUCAAAGGGAGAUCUUAAACAUCUUUCCAAAUGCAAGUCAUCAAGAAAGUUUUGCCUCAAUUUUGGCAUAUAAAAUUCCAAAGGAAGAUGUCCAUUCCCUUGCACUGUGCUUUUCUAAACUGGAGGAAGCAAAACAUGCUUUUAAUAUUGAAGAGUACAGCUUCUCUCAAGCAACUCUUGAACAGGUGUUUGUGGAACUUGCCAAAGAGCAAGAAGAGGAAGACAAUUUUGGAACACUUAACAGCACACUUUGGUGGGAACGAGCCCAGGGAGAAAGAGUUAUUUUCUGAUCUGUUCUGCAUUGUAGAAUUCAACUGCUUCAUUCUUCAGGAUUUCUGAAAAGAAUGUUUGUUUUUCGACUGUUUCCUUCUUUUUAUGUGUGCACUGAACAC